AUGCAGCCAAUUUCAAUAAAAGAUGUGGAAAGCGAUCAAGGGAAAGUUUACAUUGUUAAUGCCUUAAAAGAUCUCGUAUGCAAGUGCCUUUUAGAAUUCGUGGACAUUCAAAUUGAAAGUUUUAUGUAUCCGGACGAUCCAAAGUGUUUUACAAGGAUAUUUAAAGGGAACAAGAUAGUCAACGAAGCAUCAGAUAAAGAUUCGAAAGUGAGAAGUUACCCAUCUUCAUUGGGUGUUGGACACUCUGCUUUGUUUCCUUUGAUAUACAUAAGACAAAAAACCAACUCCUUGCGGUUUUUGAAUGAUCCAAAGCAAUUACCAACACCACUGGUCGAUGAUAUGAACGCAAAAUUCAAAGGCAUCAUUAAAGUUUAUGAAAAUCUCAUUCACUUGUACCAUUCAUAUCAGACGGUGGAUUGCAAUAACAUGAAUCAGCAAAAGCUUUUGGGUGAUCUGGUCAGUCGGGGUAAUUUCAUGCUUGAUAUCCUCCACGGGUAUGUUACUAUUGCAUCAACAAUAGUACGGGACAGUAAGGAUGCCAAUAUCUUGAUAGACACUGUUAAUCGGUUCAUCCACGAUACCAUAUUAUUCCACAAGCGCAUAAUACAUAAUUCCAACGCUUACACAGAGUACCAUGUAAUGAAACGUGGCAUGCAAAGAAACCAGAGUGAGGAAACGUUAGUUGAACUUGAAUUCCGAAUACUGGAUGUUUCUGAUGUUAAUCUGGACAAUGAAUUUGAUGACUUUUUACAGCAUAGAAAAACGUCUCUUAAAAUAACUCAUAGAAGGGUUAUAUGA